UUCACCCCAUCCUUGGUUUUCUAAGAAAAAACCAUACGUUCUGUACCCCUCGAUAGCUAUUGGUGCAUAUUCUAUAGGGUUUAUGCAGACCAAUCCAGAGGGUGCCCAGCCCUUUCUGACGUGAACCCCCUGGGGGUUUAAAUGCUUGUGCUACACCAAAAUUUUUCCUCUUUCUCUCCGCAAAGACCCCCCAAAGAAUCAACAGGAGCCAUCCAUGUAUAUCUAUGGCACAGGAACAGCUUGCUUAUGCAACUAAACAUAGAACUAUGGAUACAUCAGACUAUGAUUCAGCAGAUGACUUUAUACUUACACAGCGGUCUAAUUCACCCAUGUAUGAACCCUUAACUCCCCCUUCCGAAUCAGAAGAACCAGAACCAGAACCGGAACCGGAACCGGGACCGGGACCGGAACCGGAACCGGAACCAGAACAAGAACCAGAAGCAGAAGCUCACAGGGCACAGUCCAAAUCAAAUACCUCAGCAGGAAGUGUGAAAAGAAAGCAGCUGUUUGAGGUCAAACAAGUACCAGAGGAUUUGCCUGAGCUCCUUAUCACAGAUGAAGAUCUAACAGCCAACCAAGUACAAGUGGAAUUACCAGAGAUCAUUAUCACAGAUGAUGAGGAUCUUACAGUCAGCCAUGUGCCAAUGGUUUUGCCAGAGAUUGUUAUCACUCAUGAUGAUCUUCCCGGUAAGCCCAAGGUCUCUGCAAAGCAGGGGCAGCCGUCUGCAAAGGGAUGCAAUGUUAACCAGGUAGCUGAGGGUUCUGGUGUUAACAAUAGCGUACAGGAGCUUCCAGGGGAGCCUGGUACCUCUGAAGGAGGGAGAGUGAAAAGAGCUUUGAAAAGAAGACAUCUUGGCCAACCUCAUCAGUCAGAAGGAGUUCCUCCCGUGAAGAAAUCAAAAAAACAGGAACAUGAGGAAUCGGGUAAGUGAUCUAUGUAUUAGAACCCAGCCCCUGUAAUACCUUGGGUAGCAACCUUAACACAUAAUUAUGAGUUUUGGAGAUCCCCCAGGUGUAUUAGUUUUUAAAA